CAGCAGAGGAAGGCAGGGACAGGGAGCAAAGCAGCAGAGAUGGAGCUGUACCAGGUGCCCGCCGGCUCACUGGAUGCCUGGAUCGCAGAACAUCUCCAGCCCAGCGAGGAAUUCCGGCUGCAGGUGAAAGACACUGUCCGGAGGAUCUGUGAUUUUCUGAAGGAGAUGUGCUUUGACGACAUCAAGGUGUUCAAGACGGUGAAGGGCGGCUCCGCGGGGAAGGGGACAGCCCUGAAGAACAAUUCGGAUGCAGAUCUGGUCCUUUUCCUCAGCUGCUUCUGCAGCUACCGGGACCAGCUGGAGAACCGUGCGGCUGUGCUUGACACCAUCAGGCAGAAGCUGAACCAGUGCCGACAGACCAUCGCCUUCAGCAUUGACGUGGAGGUUUCCCAGCCAAAGGAGAAGGGCACCUGCCCGCGCUCGCUCUCCAUCAUCAUCCAGUCAAAGAGGAGGCAGGAAUCCAUCGAGGUGGACGUGCUCCCAGCCUAUGAUGCCUUAGGGCAGGUGACUCCUGGCAGCAAACCUUCCCCCCAGGUCUACGAGGAUCUCAUUCGGACCAGAGCCAAGCCCGGUGAGUUCUGCACCUCCUUCACCGAGCUCCAGAGGGACUUUGUGAAGCGUCGCCCGGCCAAGCUCAAGAACCUGCUGCGGCUGGUCAAGCACUGGUACAAAGAGCUUUCCAAGACGACGUCGGGCUUGCCCACCAAGUACGCCCUGGAGCUGCUGACCAUCUAUGCCUGGGAGAGCGGCACCAAGGGGGCGGAGAACUUCAGCACGGCCGAGGGGUUCCGCACGGUGAUGGAGCUGCUGUGCCGGUACCAAGAGCUCUGCGUCUACUGGACCGAGUUCUACGAUCUCCAGUCCUCCGUGAUAGGGCCCCAUGUCAAACGGCUGCUGCGGGAGCCGUGCCCCGUGAUCCUGGAUCCAGCCGACCCGACGGGAACCUUGGGGCAGGGAAAGAGCUGGGACCUGCUGGCGAGAGAAGCCGCAAUCUGCCGGGACCAGCUGUGCUGUAGGAACAGCCUCGGCCCCAUCCGCUGCUGGGACGUGCAGCCAGCCAGACCCAUGCAGGUGACGGUGAAGCAGCUCUCAGGGGUCAGCCAGGACCUGGGGCUGAGCCCCUACACGACCAUCUGGGAGAUUAAGGAGGAGCUCGAGCGUGCCUGGGACAUCUCUCCCUUCACGCAGCGCCUGACCCUGCAGGAGCCUGGCCUGGGAAACCAGCUGCUGCUGGACGAUCAGACCCUGGCAUCACACGGCAUCUUCUACGACACCACGGUUCUGAUGCUCACGACCGAGCCCCAGUGGAUGGAGAUCUUCGUGAAGGACCAUAACAGCAGAACCCUGCUCUAUGGUGUCCGCGCCAGUGACACCGUCCUGGGCCUGAAGAAGAAGAUCGAGGAUCGCACGGGUGUCUCCACCAGCCAACAGCGCCUGACGUUCAACAGCAAAGAGCUGCAGGACGACUGCACGCUCGCCCAUUACAGGAUCCGGAGCAAGAGCACCAUCUACCUGCUUCUGCGCCUCAGGGGUGGGUAAGAUGCUCACUGGGUCACCGGGACCUGCACCUUCAUGGGCAGGCGUCUGCUGUGUCCCCAGCCAAGAGAGCAGCACAGCGGGCUAUGUUUCCCAAGAGCCUUUGCAUGAUAAUUCAGGGCUUUGCUAAUGUGCCCCUGUCACCUUAACAGUGAAAUAUAAUAUCUCACUAAAAGGUGACAGAGGGCCAGAAAGAGUGAAUUAACACACAGACUGACCUGACCCAUGGCCGAACUCUAAAGACUUGUUAGGAAGAUAUGUGAAUGAAUAGAGCUUUGAAAUGCAAGCCUGCCUUGUUAGAAGGGUAGCUGUUUGCUCAGGUCUUGUGAUGGAAGCAAACAAGUCUUGUCUAUUGCUGUAGCUUUGAUUCAAAGAUCAAAAAAGAGAUUUUAACAUUUAUGAUGACACUUGAGUGAAAUAGUAUUAUUGUCUGUAUGUCUCUUUGAAGGUUGUGAUAAACUGUAUAUGAACCAUUUAAUGGAUAAAUUACACUAUGCUAAUUGCCAGGAUGGUUGGGAGACAGAAGAUUAAGCUUAUUCUCUCAGGCCAAGAGGCUGGUGGAAAAUGUAUAAAAACCCUGGGACACCAUCCUGUUUUAACUCAGAUCUGCUUUGGGUUUCAAGAAGGGGAUACCCUGAGCCAUAAGGAUUGGGAUCCCCAGUCACUGACUGGAGUCACCCCAUGGACAUUGGACUAUACCUAAAAGGACUUUUAGACACUACAAACUCAUCUCUGAUAUGUUUCUGAACCUCAAGAAUUGAAUUCAAGUCUGUAUGCAUAUUGAUCUUUUAACCAACACACACUCUCUUUUCUUUUUAAAUAAAGUUUAGUUUAGUUAACAAGAA